AGGGCUGCUUGUCCUUGCCCCCCGCACCAUUUUUGUGUGUUCAAGUUCGGAAUUGUGCGCCUCCUAACCAUUGCCUACUCUUUUUUUUUUUUGCUCGAUUUUUCCUAUGCCAUGAGUGAUGAUCGUGUGUGUGUGUGUGUGUGUGUGUGUGUGCUGUGUGUGGUAGUAGUGUGGGGUGCGUACAACUCUCGCAUGGUGGGUGCAAUCGAUGCACCAAUAUUUAUCACACGCAAGAUUUGCCAGUUUAGUUAAGGCCUCCGGCCAGCAGCACCGCGUCCUCCUUUAUGUAGUCUCUUUUUGUCUGUGCAUGGCUUUAUUCAUGCUGAAAGGUGGGUGUCCCUCACAGUGCCAUAAUCGGGGACCCGGACUCGUAUGUGUGUGAUAACAAGUUGACCACAUUGGAAACCACAUCGUCGAGAAGGUCGUUUAUUCGCAGUCAGCCAAAGUCGUGGUUUUUUCUUCUUCUUUUCGUCACAUUCACCGUUUUAAUAAAUCCCAGUUCAGUGCAAAUAAUGGGUCUGGCACAGGUGGUAGGGCGAUGAAGGUUAAAAACUGUACGGAGGAGACUAUCAUAACCUCAUAAAGGAAUAACCUCCUCUCUGUUUCCUCGCACCGCCACCUUCGAUUCGCCUGCUCUAUUUCUUAUCCCCGCAAUGCAUCUCCCCGGAAGGAAAUAGGGUCUUGUGUACAUCCAGCAGAGAUUGUGUACGUGUGUAUGUGUGUGUGUGUAGGAAGGGGGAUAUCCGGUCAGGAAGCCAAUAAUCCGUGGCAACCCUCUGCUUGCAUUGUUGAAUUUAGCCUGUCUCGAUUGUUAUUUUUUCCGCGCAGAAAAAACUCACAAAAACAUUAGCACACACCGUCGCGAGGUGCAAACCGUCUCGUCUUCCCCUCCUUCUCCCCCGCUUCAUCCAGUAGCGAAAGGCUAUUUUUUCCUUCUCACCCGCUACGACGACCACCACACUCACAUCGGUGUGUAUCGGACAGAUGGGCUAAUGUGUGUGUCUCUCUCUGUGGUGUGUGCAUACGGACAUGUCGUUACACGGAACGGGUUCGCAUGUGUGUGCGCUGCGAAUAUAUAUACACACAUGGCCACCGGAGAGCCACACAAGGUGUGUAGAGACACAAAGCAGAGACAGCAGCAGCACACACAGGGCAUCGAUGUGUCAUCCAUCGACAGGGCAGGCAGUGCCGUGCUCAUAGAAACACACCAGCAAAGAGCAGGCAAACGGGUGGGCCAGUCGCAAAUUGUAACAGUGAAAAGUGCACACACAAGUGUGAGAGUGCAUAUCGCGCGACGGUCGGCAACGAUAAGAUUUUCCCUUUCGGGUUUCGGCGUGGCGCAGUGUGUACGUGUGUGGGGGGACAUUUUCUUGGUCCGAAAAAUUGACACCAAACCCGCUGGCGUGUGUUGUGUGUCGGGAGAGCGCGCGCUGAAAGCGACGAGGUGCACAGUACGCGAACGCGUUUUCCACACAAUCUUGGAAAUCAAUAUAUAAAAUUCGUGCCUAAAGACAAAAGUAAUCCAGUGACACAACAAAGAGUUUUCGAAGGACCUGGAGGAGCACUGCGUGGAGUGACUUAUCUCUAAGUGAAAUACUCAACACCAUCAUCACCGAAUAUCAUCAUGGAAAAGCGUAUUUUGUUGGAAAAACGAGGUCGACCGGAUGAUGAGAUCACAGAGCUCAUUCUGGACAACUGUCGGAGCACGUACAUUGAUGGGCUCACAGACAGCUUCACAGCACUCGAAACGCUCAGCCUCAUCAACGUCGGGCUGGUUUCGCUGAAAAAUUUUCCCAAGCUGUCCAACCUCCGCAAGCUGGAACUCUCGGACAACAGAAUAUCGAACGGGUUGAACCACCUUACCGGUAGCCCGAAACUUACACAUCUGAACCUGUCCGGCAACCGGAUUAAGGACUUCGAUGAGCUUCAGCCGCUGAAAGAUUUGGAGAACCUGGAAGUGCUGGAUCUGUUCAACAAUCAGGUGACACUGAUUGAAAACUAUCGUGAGAAAUUGUUUCAACUGAUUCCAUCGCUCAACUAUCUGGAUGGAUUCGACAAAGAGUAUGUGGAAGCACCAUCCGAUGAGGAAGACAUGGCUGAAGAGGAGGAACCGGAGGACUCAUGCGAAGAAUCGGAUGAGGAAGAAGUUUCGCUAGCCUACCUGUACAACGACAACCUGGAGGAGGAUCAGGAGGAUUGGAAGAGCGUCGAGAGUGACUACAACAACGCCGACGAAGAGUUUGACAGUGAGGAGGAAGAGGAUGAAGAAGGUGGCGGCGGCGGUGGUGGUGGUGGCGAGAAUGAGGGCGAAGAUGGUGGAGACAGCGAUGGCAAGGGGGAGGAUGAAGAAGGCGAAGAAGAGGAAGAUGGUGAGGAUGAUGCCGAUGGGUCGGAGGCUGCAGCAUCGUCGACCGCUGCAGUAGCGGCGGAAGCAGAUGAAUCAAAGUCCACAGCAACAGAAGCGGCAGCCGCCACAUCGUCAACCACAGAAGAUGUUGCGAAAGAAGGUGAACCGGAAGCAAGGGGCAAGAAAAGAAAGUUCCAAGGCACGGACAGCGACGGUUAAGCGGCACGCUAAACGCUUCCAAGUCAUACACAAAACCUAAUACAAAUGUGUGGAGGUGUAACGGCAACGCGCUGGAGGCUCUUUCGCUCGACGGCGUGUCAUUCGUUGCCCUUCCACACUCAAAGCAAACGUUUAUCCCCCAACCAACAACAAUUCAUGCAAUUCGUCAUCACUCCGCUACUGUCGUUCGCGCAGUAGUGUAAUGGAUAUGUAACUACAAAGUUUUAUCUUCUUUUUUACCAUCAAAAGAAAAUGUGUAACAGCAGCUAGCUAUCAUAGAUUGAUGAAAUCCACAACAAUAUAUACAUAUAGAAGAAGAGCGAACAUUUCCCCACAAUAGACGCCAACACACACACACACACCAUACACGCUCCGAAUACUUUUAAACCCCAAAACAAACAGUGUAAGUAAGAAAUUUUUGAACCAAAAGAUUGUAAAACACAGAAGAAGAAAAAACUUUAAAACAAAAUAGAUUCAGCAAAAGACACACCCACACAUACGGCGCGGGGAUUGCGUGUAUGUGUUUGGACCCACAGCGCAGAAUUGUGAAGAAAAUAAAUCAAAGACGUAUGGGGUAUGACGAGAUGAAAUGAUAGGCCUCCCCCGCGUACAGCAUUUCCGGUCAGUUAAGAAAACUAAGAGUAUAUACAUACUUCAAAUGAUAAUCGAACUUUUGUUUUGAUUUAUUUUAAUAACUUUUUAACUGUGUAAGCAUAUUUUGUUGUGUUUCAGGGAAUAGAGCAAUGUGAAGGUAGUUUGCGGCAAGUGAUAUUUGUACGUUCUUUUAAAUUAACAAAAUCACUUCGAUGGGGCAGCAGAGGCGGAGAGGAUAGGUAGUAGAAGCGGCGGUAGGGAAGAAUCGGUCGAAAGCACGACCAAAAUGUGUGACACCUUUUGAAUAGUGUUGCCUAAGAUGUGGCCGUGCGCUUUCGCUCUCAUCAUUUUAUCGUCGGUGGUUAUACACCAUCACCAUUACCACCACACCACCACCACCACCACCACCACAACAACCACCAAGACUCUUCCGUCAAGAUUCUUCCCAAAAUGCGCAGUCAGUGGUUUCAACUUCGUACAGUUUGCGUGUUAACAAGUUUUCUAGCGUAGACGAUCCGGAUCGGAUCCGGAUCGUGUAUAGAAAGUGGUGUGUAACGAGGGGGGGAGAGAGCAGAGUAAUCGUGAAGGGGGAAAAAGGACAAGUGGUAGCAAGGAAAACAAGGCCAAGAUGAAAGAGACCAUACAAAAUAAAUGUAAUCCACGACCUGAUAUGAAACCCAAUGUAGUGUUACUUUUAAUUUGCAAUGUAUGUUUUUUGUUUGUUUAAUAUUAUGCAUAUAAGUAAUACGAGAAAGAGUGAAUGUUUGUUGAACAUACAUAAAGUUUCUUGUGUUGUGUAAGCAAAGCAGUAUAAUUAUCUCAGGCAAAAGCGUUCUUAGUUUCCCUGGAUGAAGAUAAACAUAAGCUGAAUUGUAAUUCCCACACAACAAUCAAACAACAAAUGCACACUCACACAUACCCGCACACUUGCGCAUAUUGUUACGUUUUUUGUAACGCUUCGGUUUGGUUUUAAAACAGUGUAACGCCAUGUACAAGUUCAUUGUUGCAAUGAAACUGAUUCGUUUGUGAGUGGUACUCCGCUGCAACAAACAGUAAAGCGCGAUACCAUCUUCCUCAUUGUUUAACGUCAUUCACUGCUACUAAACUUGUCGGAGAUGUACAAAAUGAAUUCUAGUUUCAGUUUCUGGGAUGAUUUUUAAUUUGGAUAUAGAUCCGGCCGGCUAGACGUAUGUUUUUCAAUAUAACUGUUGUCUUUCCUUAGCACCUAAAAUAAUGUAGCCUUUUUAAGUGGGAUUUUAAAGAAUCGCAUAGAAACAUUUAUCUUCAGUUGAGAGUGUUGAAAGUGUAAGAAGGGUGGUUUGGGGUGUAAAGGAAUGGUUUAAACGGCUGUAUUGUUUUUUUUUUUUACUUUUUAAAAGAAUGCAUUCAUUCAACUUUUCAAUUACUCUUUUAACGGUAUAACUUAUCUUUUCCAGUUUUUGUAAUUAAAUAAUAAUAGUACACAAAUGUUUAAACAAAUGGCUCUUAUUUUUGCACUGAUGCGCGCAUAUAAGUAAAUUACAAAAUGUUCAACAGUCACACUUGAAGCAGAUUCUUGUAUUAAGCAUUUGUUAAAGAUUGUAGAAAGCCGAAGAGAACGAUUCGAAUAACAAGUUGACCAAACACGUGGAAUUAUAUGCAGUAAGUGGAACCGGGAUUUGGUCUACACCUUCCCGAGCCAAAGCUCUCUUACCCUCCAAAAGGGAGGAGAAGGAGAUUUAUCAAAUCAAAACUGAACGCAAAAACAAAAUAUCGAAUUAAGGGACAGUUGAGAAAAGAGGGGGCAAGCAAUAUAUUACUACGUGCAAGUGCAAGUGUGUGUAUCAUGAGACGAAAUAAAACGUGCCCUUAAAUACAAUGGAUGAUGGACGGAACAACAUUAUAUACGGAUAUAAGGUUACAUAGGUACCUCCCCGAGGUGCCAUGCAAAAAAAAAACGCAGAGACGAAAUAAAAUCGAAAGCAAACCAAUAAUCAUGUAAAAACAACACAAUAGCGUUAGCUGCUGCGAAGAAGGGUGAUGCGUGAAGUUGUGUUCGUGUGUGAAGCAUGAUUUAAAUGAAGAAGAUGAAGAAGAUAAAACACAAAUCCGAUCAGGGAUUGGAAUAAUAACACAACAUUACAAUCUUUCUGCCUGCUGGCUCAUUUCCAUUGGUGAAAUAAACACAGCAUAUUGUAUUUGGACCCGGUGUGUGUGAUGCGAAGGGAAAUGACAAUUCGCGGUAUGAUCGCGAAACGUGGAACAACAUUUAUAAUUGCUAAGAAAGUAAUAUUUGUUUAAAUAAAUCAUCAAAAGAAAAAUCAA